CAAUAGCAUGAGUAUAUAAAGACGAGCAAAAAGUCGAAACAACAUGAUUUGACGCCAGUCGACUUAUCAAAAUUUAUCAAAAUGAGAACAAUUUAUUUCCUCACAUUCCUUACUCUUCUCGUCUUCGUUGCCGUUUCGGCACAAGAAGAAGAAGCUGUUCCAAAUGAACAACUCAAAGAAAAAUUGCAAGAAGAAGAAGAAUUUGCUUCUUGCAGAAUAGGUGGAGAUCUAGCGUGCAGUCUGAGCUGUAUUGGACAAGGCCAUGGAAGAGGAGGACAUUGUAACAGUCGUGGCACAUGUAUAUGUAAUUGAAAUGUUAUCUGAUACAAUUAAUACUUAUGAUUAAUUAAUAACUGUUCAUGGACCAUAAAUUUUCAAUACCAAUGUUCUAAUUUGUAACAACAAAUGUGACAAUUAUAAAUUUCUCAAAUUUUA